UCGUCCCCUUCUUGAGACAAGUGGAUUCGUAUACGCAUAUUACCUUAUAGAAAGUUUCAACAACAGCAAAAUAACAAAUGUUGCCUGCAGAUGCUACCGAAGUUAGCAAUCCUGCUGUUGAGCAGCAAGACACGCCACUCAAGCCAAAGAAUACCCAUCGGCUAUACCGAAUCUUCCGCAAACCCAAAUCUACCGUCACUGUGCGCCAGUGGCGCAAUGGCAAAAGCGUGGAGGGAGAACCUGACCGUCACGGUGGUGGUGUUUCCAAGCAGGGGAUUAUGAGGUUGGUGUGUGGGCUCACGGAAUCCGAGAGGCAGCGUGCCGAGGCAAAACUGGAUCCCCUCCCUGUCGUCCACGAAGAGCUGGCCAAGAGAGCUGCGCGAUUCGGCGUUCUGGUCGACCCCGGUGUUAUUUACACCGCAGUCAGUGGCCCUGCGAUGGUUGUUGAUGAAGAAACAUUGAACCGCCGUGAGUCGCGUUUCAAGUCGGCGGAGCAGGUUGAGAUGGACCUUGCCAUGCAACGCCGCCUGGCGCGCUUUGGCGCUGCACCCACUGGGGCCACUUCCGUGGCGCCGAUCGAAUUGAAGCUGUCGGCCAAGGACAGCGAGAUACUUGAGGCCCGCGCCCGUCGCUUUGCUAAUUAGAGAGGUAAAUAUUAGAAAAAUACCAUAAUCGUCAGAGUCCUGGAGUAGAGCAGAGAAAAUGGGAUAGAAAAGAAAUGUCUAAAGGACAAGACGGAAAUAAGCAAAAAAAAGUCGUUGCAUUAUUGUUUAAUAUGUUUUAGUGUUGAUGUAAUAACACAAAAAAAAGCAUUAUAGCAUAAAAAGGCGUUCCUAAUAUUUACCAAAUUAUCCACAUGUGUCAUUGAUGAAGACUGCGUCACUUU